AGCCAUCGUCUGAUCUGUGGACACAGGGGCUAGUGAUGGAAAGUAGAGAGACUUUUGAGGCUUGUGAAACAAGAAGGGGAAUACUGUCAUGUGGUACAAAACUAUAACCAACGGUCAUUUAAGUGUCUGUGUUUUGUCUGAUAUAUAGAGAGUAAUUGAACUGUACUCAUUUUUGGACAUUUUCUGGUAUUAGCAUGGCUAUUACGAUGAGCUAGCUUGGAGAGCUGUUGACUUUUAUUGUUAAAAUUUAUCUAACGCACACGUUUACUUAUAUAAAUGAGCGCUAUAUAAUGCAUUAGGCAAGUCAGGAUAUAAUGUCUUAUUGCUAAAAACCGGGUAAUGUUAGCGGGAGUGAACAGUUCUUUGUCCAGCAUGAGCUCAUCAGCUGCGGACAGAGAGCUUGGGAUCCACUUGGAUAAUGUCAAGGAAGACCUUGGUGGUCCUUCCUGCACAGGAGAUUAUCACAAACAUGAAACUGCAAUAUGCUCAGGCAACAGUGAGGUAAAGAGCCGUGCUGUGGUCAAAUACUCAGCUGCCCCACCUCCAGCCUCCUACGCUCUGCUGCAGGAGAAGACUGACCUGAAGCUGCCACCUGCCAACUGGUUAAGAGAAAACCCCCAGCUGGGCAGCGCUGGCACUACUGUUUUAGGCUCCAGCAGCAAAAGCAAGCCUUUUUCCAGUUUUGGGAUAGCUUAUGAUUUCAUUGAUUGCAUCGGGGACGAUGUGGACGUAGUUUCAGACUCAGAGAACAUCAAGAAGCUUUUAAAAAUUCCCUACAGCAAGUCCCAUGUGAGCAUGGCUGUUCACCGUGUAGGGAGGACUUUGCUUUUGGACGAGCUGGACAUUCAGGAGCUAUUCAGGAGAUCUUCUCAAACAGGUGAUUGGACAUGGCUGAAAGAAUUUUACCAGCGUCUCAUAGAUCAGAAAUGGCAGAGGAAAAAGAAAAGCAAAGAGCACUGGUAUCAGAAGGCCAUCCUGUCAAAGUUCCUCUACUACAGCAUAAACGGUGAUGGGGCUGCAGAGCCUGUGUCAGACAACCUGAAUGACGGGAGUGAGGAGAGUGGAGCUGAGGAGUUCAGCUCUUCGUGGCCCACCGCUUUUACCAGCACUGCGUCUCAUGAAGAAGACUCUGAUGGCCCAAAGCAGGAAAGUGUGUCAGUGGACAGCGAGUUUGCUCUGGAUCAGGUGGCGUCGGUACCCAAGGAGCAAAACCUUCCUACUCUCUUUAAUGAAGGGGAGAACAGUCAGGGUUUAAAAAAUGAUUUUGUGCGAAAUAUCAUGUGGACAUUUGAGGAUAUCCACAUGCUGGUUGGGUCCAACAUGCCUAUUUUUGGAGGUGGCCGUUAUCCUGCUGUCAGCCUGAGACUCAGGGACGACAAUAAACCGAUCAACAUUCUGACUGGCAUCGACUACUGGCUUGACAAUCUCAUGUGCAACGUCCCAGAACUUGUCAUGUGUUUUCACGUCAAUGGCAUUGUCCAAAAAUAUGAAAUGAUAAAAACAGAGGACAUCCCUCAUCUAGAGAAUUCAACUUUUUCUACGAGAGUAGUGAAAGACAUUGCCCAAAAUAUCCUCUCCUUCCUAAAGUCCAAUUGCACCAAAGAGGGCCACACCUACUGGCUUUUCAAAGCUAGUGGCAGUGACAUUGUGAAGCUUUACGAUCUUACUACUCUUUGUGAAGAGGCUGAGGAAGAAAAAUGCCAGAAUCCAUUCACCCUUCCUGUGGCUGUGCUGCUAUAUAAAGUUGCCAGCAACUUGCUGCUGAAGACGAGGCAAAAUAGAAAGCACAAUGGCACCAUCAGAACUUUGCUCCUAAACUGUGUCAAGCUUCUUGACAAGGAGAGGCAUCCUCAGAUCAUUGCCUCAGCUCACUACAUGCUGUCAGAGCUGUUCCAGCUUGAUGAGCCGCCUGAAGAAGAUGGAGGGGAGUCGCUACGCGCCGGUGGCUCAGAAGACAGCUACAGUGAUGAAGACCGGGACGAGGAGGAUGAGGAGGAGGAUCUGACAGAGGACAGUGAUGAGAAUGGCUCCUACAGGAACUGCUGCAGGCCUCAGGAUGAUAGUAAAGCAGUAGCUGUGAUCCGCUCUGUUGGAGAGCUGUCUGUCCCCGAAAAAUACAAAUCGACUCACCAAAUAAGGCCAAGUUGUGCUUUUCCCGUUUCCCAAGACAAAGAGGAGAGGUGCAGACACGUCCUGAGCUAUGUACUGAAGGCAGGUUUUUGUGGAGUUAUGUUUCUAACUGAGGGGCUGAAGGCAGUGGAUGGCAGCAUCAAGAAGGAGAGUGAUCUCCCCGCUGCAGAUCCUAACACUCCCAUUCCCCUGAAAUAUGAGGACGGAGGCUCCGCUGCCGCAGAGAAAGGCAUCUCUCUUCUCAUUGAAAGAGACCUGAAUGUAACCUUUUCUGAUCCUUCCACAUCCAUGAACCCAGUGGGGCCUGUGCCGGGGGACCAGAAGCACCCGACCCGCUCGGGGAUGAUCCCUGGCUCCUGGCAGCACCGCAUGAAGCUGCAGCUGUUCCUCAAAGCUUCCAAGGCCUACUACGUCCUGUCAGAUGCAGCCACAAACCUGCUGAAGUACGGACGGGCGCUACGCUACAUCAAGCUGUCUCUGCAGUGCCACGACGCCUACUGCUCGGUGAGUGGAAUGCUGCACCCACAGGUGCUGCAGUUCCACAGCCAGUGCCUGUCUCUGUGUGGGGACAUCCAGCUGAUGUUGGCCCAGAAUGGCAACAACAGAGCAGCUUAUCUGGAAGAAUACAGCUACCAGACCAAAGAGGACCAGGAGAUCCUGCACAGUCUGCACAGAGAGAGCAGCUGCCAGGCGUUUAGUAUGGCCACAGACUUGGCCAUGGAUCCUGAGUACCAGCUGUUUGUCAGCAGUAAAUGCUACGAGGCCACUUAUGAGCUGCUUGUGUCUGAGGCCUUGAGAGACCACACCACAGAUCAGCUUUCUCCAGUUCUCAAAAGGCUUGGAAACAUCCGCAAUGAGAUGGGAGUCUUUUAUAUGAACCAGGCUGCAGCCAUGCAGACAGAGAAAGUGAAAAAGUCGGUGUCCACGGCAGAGCAGGAUCUGUGGAAAAAGAGUUUUGCCUUCUUUGAGAAAGGGAUGAAGGACUUUGAAGCCAUCGGGGACACCACCAACACGGCCUUACUGCUGUGCAACACAGGCAGGCUGAUGAGAAUCUGCGCUCAGGCCCACUGCAACGUUUCUGCCGACAAGAGCAGAGGGGAGUUCUCACCCGAGGAGGCUCUGUACUACAACAAGGCCAUAGACUAUUACUUGCGAGCUAUGAAGUCCCUCGGGAGCAGAGAGAGUCACCAGGCUGUAUGGGACAGCGUCAACUGGGAGUUGUCCACCACAUAUUUCACCCUGGCUACUCUUCUGCAGGACUACGCCCCUCUGUCCAGAAAGGCCCAGGAGCAGAUUGAGCGGGAGGUAACUGAGGCGAUGAUGAAGUCCCUCAAUUACUGCGAUCUGCAGACUGAGUCGGCCCGGCAGCCGCUUUACCAGUACCGAGCGGCCACCAUCCACCACCGCCUGGCCUCCAUGUACCACAGCUGUUACCGCAACCAGGUGGGAGAUGAACACCUGAGGAAGCAGCAUCGCAGCCUGGCAGAGCUCCACUACAGCAAGGCUGUCUCCCUGUUCCUCAGCCUCACAGACGCUCCCUGCGAGCUGCUCCGCACAUUGCUCGAGAGGGUGGCAUUCGCCGAGUUCACUAUGGCAGGUCAGAGCAGCAGCGCGGCUAAGCUGAAGAGCUUGACCGGAGCGUUGGAUGUUAUGACAGAAACUCGCCAUGCUUUCCGGCUCAUCUGCAGAGAGCUUUUGGAAGAGCAGGAAGAGUCAGUCGAUCUGCCUGCUGCUCAAUCAGCAGAGUCUCCUGAUGUGACCAGUGGCUCCACAUCUGGACUGGACCUCCAGGAAGUUAUUAAAUUGAUUAGCGUGUUCGAGCCAAGUUUUUCCUUCCUGCUGUUGCAAGUGAUCAAACUGAUAACGACAAUGAAACGGAAAACAAGCAACAAGGAUGAGGAGAUGCUAAAAAUCUACAAGAACGUGUACUCGAAGCUGCUGCGAGCGGAGAAAAAUGCACCUCUCCUCAGGCGCGUUGAGCUCUACAUCGAGCUGCUGCAGCAGCUGAGCCCAGAAGCAGGAAGUGAAGAAGCAGGAACACAUAAAGUCUAACAAAGGGGGAACCAGAUGCGUGUUGGGUCUAGACUUUGCUCUCUGAACUCUCUGAAAAGACAAGAACGUACAAUGACCGAUACUAGCACGCCCAAACUCAAGCUUUUCAGGCUCAUUCACCUUCAGCGCCUUUGAAAUUCACUCAGCUUUUUCUUCCCAGGGUUUGAACUGUACAUUUUGUGAAAAUUUCAGGAAAUGUUUAAUUUUCUAGGUCAAACAGUAAUGACUCACAUAAAUAUCCUGUAUGAAAGUUGUUUUUUUUAUCAUACCAAUUAAGGGUUUUGUCAUUUCUCUUCAAACAAAAACAGACUGUGAGAAACCUUUGAAAGUUUGUAUUAUCACUUGUAAUUUCUGUACAUAGGGGUGUAAAUGGAGGUACAGAAUUUGGCACAAGCCGUGGUUCGAUACAUGGUUGGAGUUUCUGAUGCUCAGUAAAACUGUGAUUGAAAUAUGAUGAAGUGUGACCGAGAUUAGAUUCGUCAAUUGCUUCGUGUGUGCAAUAUUUAAGCAGAAUCACAACGCUGUACGUGUAAAUGUGAAUUCAUAUCAGCUGGUUUGCUGUGGGAAAUUAAAAGAUUUGGAGAUUUCAUACACAGCAGCACAUCUUCAUGGAACUGCAUGUUUCUGUUUUAAGGUGUGUCUUUGCUAAUUAAACCCUUUUGGUGAACUCCUGAAUGCAUGAAUGUUAACGCCACAUUUUAGCCUGUGGACUUGUGGCGUGUUUACUCUGACAGUGGUCCCAUUUGCCAGCUGGUGGCGCUCAAGAGUCAUCUGUGGUGCCAGCGAACUGGGUCAACCCACAGUUAAUGAAGUGGGCCCGCAGCAGUUCGAGGUGAAGGCUCCAUCCAGACGCACAUGAAUGAUUAAUCAGACUUCUGCUCCGUGGGGAACCAAUUGUUGGACAGAUAGACUACAACACACUUGAGAAGAUCCAAUCGAAACUGAUUAAAUUGCAAGUCUGAGAGAG